GCAGCAUAACGCGGGCAAAAUCAUAGACGGAACACCUUCAACAUUUGACUCCAAACUUCUCUUUUCUCUUUCCGUCACCACUGCUCCAUUCUUCAACCCCACCGCAACGGUGGCGCUCCGUCGCUCGCCGCCACUCACCCUACCACCGCGUCGGUAGUCAGCGCCCGAACUCCUCCUCCUCAUCUCACCGUCAUCCUUCCCUCACACACAAAACAAACCCUUCUAAAACCUCUCACCUCUCUGUCAAUCAACUCUGCCAACACACUUGGAUCAGGUAUCUGAACUUGUAGGUGUACCGCGAUGACAUUGACAGAGAAGGAUGUUGGCGGAGGGGAAGAGAAGGGUCAGAUUAAAGAUAAUGGUUUCUUGAAAGCUGUUGAGCCGUCGUUAAGUGGCAGCAAUUCUACAGUUUCUACCAGUCCGAUAGAAAAGAGUUAUGAGGGUAAAGAUGCGCUUGGUUAUGCUAAUGUGUUACGGUCUAGAAACAAGUUUGUGGAAGCUCUGGGUAUAUAUGAAAGUAUACUAGAGAAAGAUAAUGGAGUUGUUGAGGCUCAUAUUGGCAAAGGAAUUUGCUUGCAGAUGCAAAAUAUGGGAAAACAGUCUUUUGAGAGCUUUUCCGAGGCUGUUAAGUUAGAUCCGGAAAAUCCAUGUGCACUCACUCAUUGUGGUAUCUUAUAUAAAGAUGAAGGUCGAUUGGUGGAGGCUUCUGAGUCAUAUCGUAAGGCUCUGGCAGCGGAUCCAUCAUAUAAACCAGCAGCAGAAUGCUUAGCAAUUGUACUUACAGAUAUUGGAACUAGCUUAAAGCUUGCUGGCAACACACAAGAGGGAAUUCAGAAGUAUUAUGACGCUAUCAAGAUUGACCCUCAUUACGCUCCUGCAUAUUACAACCUUGGAGUUGUGUAUUCUGAAAUGAUGCAAUAUGAUACGGCACUUAAUUGCUAUGAGAAGGCUGCCUUGGAAAGGCCCAUGUAUGCUGAAGCGUAUUGUAACAUGGGUGUGAUUUAUAAAAACCGUGGAGAUCUGGAGUCAGCUAUUGCGUGUUAUGAGAGGUGUCUAGCUGUGUCACCUAACUUUGAGAUUGCUAAGAAUAACAUGGCAAUUGCUUUGACAGAUUUAGGCACAAAGGUAAAAUUGGAGGGAGAUAUUAACCAAGGUGUGGCUUAUUACAAAAAAGCUCUGUACUAUAACUGGCAUUAUGCAGAUGCCAUGUACAAUCUAGGGGUUGCUUAUGGGGAAAUGCUCAAGUUUGAAAUGGCAAUUGUGUUCUAUGAACUUGCUUUCCACUUUAAUCCCCAUUGCGCAGAGGCGUGCAAUAAUCUUGGAGUUAUUUAUAAGGACCGAGACAACCUUGAUAAAGCUGUGGAGUGUUAUCAGUUGGCUUUGUCAAUUAAACCCAAUUUCUCUCAAUCGUUGAACAACCUUGGAGUUGUCUACACGGUGCAGGGCAAAAUGGAUGCUGCUGCUAGCAUGAUAGAGAAAGCGAUUGUGGCAAAUCCUACUUAUGCAGAAGCCUACAAUAACUUAGGGGUUUUAUACAGAGAUGCUGGGAGUAUAACUUUGGCAAUUGAAGCAUAUGAGCAAUGUCUUAAAAUAGACGCAGAUUCUCGCAAUGCGGGCCAGAAUCGAUUACUUGCGAUGAACUACAUAAACGAGGGAACAGAUGAUAAACUAUAUGAAGCUCACAGGGACUGGGGCUGGCGAUUUAUGAGAUUAUAUCCUCAAUAUACUUCAUGGGACAAUUCAAAAGCUCCAGAAAGGCCACUUGUUAUAGGAUACGUGUCUCCUGAUUAUUUCACACAUUCCGUAUCUUAUUUCAUUGAAGCACCUCUUUUCUAUCAUGACUAUUCUAACUAUAAGGUGGUUGUUUACUCGGCGGUUGUUAAGGCAGAUGCAAAAACUUUUAAGUUCAGAGAUAUAGUUAUGAAAAGAGGAGGCGUAUGGAGAGAUAUUUACGGAAUUGAUGAGAAGAAGGUUGCAAGCAUGGUUCGAGAAGACAAAGUUGAUAUUUUGGUUGAACUAACCGGUCAUACCGCUAAUAAUAAGCUCGGAAUGAUGGCUUGCCGCCCUGCACCUCUUCAGGUGACUUGGAUUGGGUACCCAAAUACCACUGGUUUGCCUACUAUCGACUAUCGAAUCACUGAUGCCUUGGCUGACCCUCCUGAUACAAAGCAGAAGCAUGUCGAGGAUCUUGUUCGUCUACCUGAAUGCUUUCUUUGCUAUACACCAUCUCCUGAGGCCGGGCCCGCAUCACCAGCACCUGCUCUUUCUAAUGGCUUUGUUACGUUUGGUAGUUUCAACAAUUUAGCAAAGAUAACACCGAAAGUGCUUCAAGUUUGGGCCAAAAUCUUAUGCGCAGUCCCGAACUCUAGGCUUAUUGUGAAGUGCAAGCCUUUCUGCUGUGAUAGUGUAAGACAGAAAUUUCUAUCGACAUUGGAGCAGUUGGGUUUGGAAUCGCAUCGUGUUGAUCUUGUCCCCUUGAUUUUACUCAACCAUGACCAUAUGCAAGCGUAUUCUCUUAUGGACAUUAGCUUGGAUACCUUCCCAUAUGCGGGAACUACAACCACAUGUGAAUCCCUUUAUAUGGGAGUUCCAUGUGUCACCAUGGGUGGUUUAGUACACGCACAUAAUGUCGGUGUUAGUCUUCUAACUGCAGUUGGAUUAGAACGCCUGGUUGCAAAAACUGAAGAUGAGUAUAUUCGGUUAGCAAUAGAAUUGGCUUCUGAUGUUGCAUCACUUUCAAGCCUUCGUAUGGAUCUAAGAAACCUCAUGUCAAAAUCCGCACUGUGUAAUGGAUCGAAGUUUAUUACUGGGUUGGAGUCCGCUUAUCGCGAUAUGUGGCGUGGGUACUGUAACGGUAAAGUUCCAUCCUUAAAGCGAAUGGAAACAAUUCAGAAUCAGACACCACAACUUACAUCCUUACUCUCUAAAGAUGACCCGUUUGGGUCAAUUAAGGAAAACGGGUUCACUUUAGGCCCUCCACGUUUAUUAACAAGUGAAGAAAACGGGGGUCAGUCGAAUCAGUCGUCAAGCUCGGGCCAGUCAAAAUGAUGUAGGAUUACAAAGUCAUAUUACAUUGAGAUACACAAUUUCUAUAGCAGUGGAGACUGUUCUGUAAUCUGUAUUUUUCGUGGGGCGAAUGCUUUUUGUAUCAUAUUUGAGUGUUGUUGGCUGGCUGGCUUGCCAUUUACUUAGAUGUAGAAAAUUAGAACAGUGAAACAAGAUGGUUGAUUAAUUGUGUUGUGUUCCUGAGCGAUUCAGCUCAGGUAUUUAAGACAAAAAGUGGGUUUUUUUAUUCA